CUACCCGCAUCCCUUUCUCUCAUUGCCCGUUUGGGGAAAGCGACCUCAACGUCGGUUGGCUAACUUCCCCCAACAGGGGUGCACUCUGCGCGCCCUUAAUUUCUCUCUCUAAAACCCUCUAACACAUUUUCCCUCUCUAACCCUCUAACACCGCAAUGCCAAUGCGAAGAGGGCUCUACCUUCUCCUCCUCCUGUCCUCCUCCUUUUCUUCUGCUGAUCCGAUACCUGGUGGAGAUUCAGAAAAUGGCGUCGUCGUCGUCGGUGUCAAUGUUGCUGCUGAAUUGAAUGCGUCUGCCGUUGCGAGAUCUGAGGAAGGUAGUUUCGCCAACAUGAUCGAUCGAGCUCUGGAAAAAGAGUUCAAUGAGACCGAAGAGCAGCCCGGUGCAAUAGAUCACGGGAGCUUCAACAAUAGCGUCUCGGAGCAGGAGGCAGUUCUGGAAACCGUUGCUAGGGUUGGUAGGGUCAAGUUUAAGAAGAACGAGACAAAUGAGGAAAAGUAUGUCAUGCUAUCUUAA